AUGGAUUAACAAUUAUCUGGUGUAUUGAUAUCAAGAGACAAAUGGAAAGCUGAGAGUAAGGUGACAAAAUGUGAACAUUGUGAUAGAUAAUUUUAUUAUUUGUUUAGAACUAAACAUCAUUGUAGAAAAUGUGGAUUAGUAUUUUGUUCAGAGUAAGAGAAUAUAUAUUAUAUAAUAGUUGUAGUAGUAAUUUUAUAGAUGGUAUACAUUUUGUAUAGAAUACAGAGAAGAAAGUAAGAUUGUGUGGUGUAUGUUAUGAUUAAGUAUUAAAAUUGUUGAAAGCAUAAGGAUAUAAAUUAGAAAAUACCUUUGAAACCAGAGUAGUCAGUGUAUCAAUUGAUAAGGGAUAAUUGAAUUUAUCAAGAAGAGAAUCCAUACAUAAAUAGGAUGAUCAAUCAUAUACUAUAUCUAGAUCAUAAACAACUUAAGUAACUGAAGAAUAGGAAGAUAAUAUGAAUAAUGAUUAAGAAUUUAAUCCUGAAAUUGUUUAGGUGAGUAUACAAAGUUAUUUUCCACCUGAAGAAUAGAAUAAAAAUAAGGAAUCAGAAUUAUUGAAAUCAUAAUUAUCAUUAUUAAAGGAAAAAUGUUAUUAAUAAAUGGAAAAUAUAUGUGAUCAUAGUUUAAAGAUAUUUAUAUAACCUUAACGAAAUCAUGAUAAUCAUUUUGAUAGUCUAAAAAUAACUACUUUUGAAUUUGUUAAAAGAGCUGUAGAAGAUAUUUAAUUUUCAUCUCUUAAUUCUGAUCCUCUAGAUAUUACUUGUUAUGUAAAAACUAAAUUAUUGCCAUACAAAGAUUAUUCAUUAACUUGUUACUUUCCAGGCAUUGUUAUUAGAAAGAACAUAGCACUGAAAAGAAUGUAAACUGAACUUUAUAAACCUCGUAUAUUGAUUAUACAUGGUAAUCUGGAUUUCAUUGAAGAAACUUAAUAAUUUGAUGAUUUUAUAUUGAAAGAAAAAAGAGUACUUUAAGAUUAUAUAGAAAAAAUUAAAGAAAAUUUUAAACCUACAAUUAUAAUUGUUGAGAAAUCUGUUAGUAAAGUAGCAUUAGAUAUAUGUUGUAAAUUCAAUAUUACAGUUGUUUAAAAUGUGAAAAUACAUUAAUUAAGAAAAAUAGCUAAAUGUACAGGUUCUAAAUUUGUACGUCUAGAUAAAUUAGAUGGUUAUAUAUAAAAAGAAACAUAAGUAACUGGAAAUUGUGAAAAGAUAUUCUUUCGUAAUUUUCCAAGACCAAAUCCUGAUAAAUAAGAUGUAGCUGGAAAAGAUAAUACAUUAAUGUUCAUUGAAACAAAAGAUGGUAAAAAUGGAGUAACAAUUAUGUUAUCUGGACCAUAAGAAGAUUUAUUAUAGAAAUUGAAAUAAUGUAUUGUUGGUUGCAUGAGAUUAGGUAAACAUUUUGAUGUGGAAAGAUAUAUAAUACUUUGUGAAUAGAAAUUAAGAUAAAAUAAAUAAUUCAAUUUUUGUGUUGGUGAUUUUACAAAGUUUUUAUUUGAAAAAGUUAAUCUAAAAGAAGUUAUAAAACCAGAUCUAGCUUAUGUAAAAAUUAAUUAUGCUAGAGCAGACAUUCAUAAUUUUAAUGAUAUUAAAGAUAUGAAUGCUCUAUUGGCUUAUCAAAAAGAAUUUCCACCUUAAAAUGAUAAGGUGGUUGAUUUUUUUGCUGAUAUGUGUAAUAUGCCAACUGAAAAACCUAAAGCUUAUUAUCAUUCAAAUGAUGAUAUGUCUAUGGGUGCAUUUAUAAUAUUAAAAGUUGCUAAUUUAUAAUUCAGAUGUGAAUAUUGUAAAUUACCAAGAAAUAGUCAUGUUUCUAUAUAUUAUAAUGCUGGUAGAUAUGUAAAAUUUAGUGUAGAUGGAUAAAUGAAUUAAAUAAAAUAAAUAGUAUUGUAAAAAGAAGAAUCAUAAAUUUAAUAAAAUGAUGAGAAUGGUACAUUUUUAUUAAAAGAUUUACCAAGUAUAAUUAAAUAGAAUCAUUCAAAUGAAAAAAUAUAAAUAGAAACUUAUUUUGAAUGUAAUUUAUGUAUGUAAUAAUUAUCUGAUAGAGUAAUUUUAAGUUAGAAAUAUUUGGAAUAUUCAUUUUUAAGAUUCUUACAAUAAUUAUUUCUUACUUAAAAUAUUAAUACAAAUCAUUAUUAAAAUUCAACAUAAUGUAAUCAUUCUCAAGUUUAAAGAGUCUAUACAUAUUAUGGAUAUUAAAUGAAAGUGAUGGUAGGUGAAUUUGAUGUUUAUUAAACUACUUUAUUGAAUUUCUCUGAUAAUUCAUUAAAUGAUUAUUUAAAGAUUUGGGAAUAAAAUUAUAUCAGAUAAUUAAAAGAUGAAUUAAUGAAUAAAUUAAAUACAUUUGGAAUUACAUUGAUUAAUUUAAUACCUAAAUCAUUAGCAAAAGGAGAAAUUGAUUUAUUAAUAAAAUCAAUUAAAUAAUUAAAAGAGGAAUGUGAGAAAAUAUUGGCUGAAACAUAAUAUAUAUCAAUCUUUUAAGUACUUAAAUAAUCUUAAGAUUUUGGACUUUAAUAUAAGAAUAUUAUGUAAAGUAUAUAAGAACAUAAGAAGAAGAAAGAAUUGAAUUCUGAUUUGAGAAAUAUCAUAUAGAAUGCUGCAGUUAAUUUAAAGAAUUAAGAUUCAAUAUUAGUAACUAAUAAUAAUUAGAUUAAAACAACCUAUGAAUUAGAGAAGGUUGAUUCUGGUAAUAAUUUAAAUGAAGCCAAAUAGUAUCAUUCAAAUUAAGAAUUAGAAGAUCAUUAUUAAAUUUCAGGAUAAAAACAUUCUUUAUAAGAAAUUGAAGAAUAAUAUCAUAGAGAAAGUUCUGGAAAGGUUGAUUUAAGUGAUUUAAUUAUACCACCUUUAUAUUCACCUGAAUUAGAUACUUAAUAGUCUCCUUUAUUUGUUAGAAAUCAUAGAAGAAUUGGAUCUGAAAUUCAUAAUAAUUAAGUUAUUUUAAAUUUAAUUGAUGCAAAUUAAACAUUACAAUAAUCCAUUCAUAAAACACAUCAUGAUUCUAAUAAAGAUCUUGAUAAUAUGAAUAUUAAUUAAACUAAUAAUAAUAUUAUUCCUACUAUUGAAAUCAAUAAUUUUUAAAAAGAAUGGAAUAUUAGUUCAUUUCUUGCAGAAUAAUAAAAAUUAAUUAAGUCUCAAAUGAUUUAUGUAUAGAUGUUAUUUUAUUGUUAUAGGAAUUUGUUCCAAUCUAUGAAAAUUAACCAUUAUCUUAUUUAUCAUUCACACUUAAUCAUCCAAAAUAUAUCAAUGAAAUUUAUCAAAAAGAAAGUAAUUACUAUCAUUAUAAACUUAAGAUUUUGGAAUGAUUGAGUCUAUACAAAAAUCAUCCGAGUAGGCUAAACUAUUCUUUUAAUCAUUAUUAUCACCAAAAGAAUAGAAAUAAGAGGUUGAAAAUAUUAGAUAUAUGAGUGUAGAUUUAGGUAAUAAUAAUAAUAAUUUAAAUCAAUAAUAAUUAUAUUAGAAAUAAGAUAAUAGAGAUAUAUUUAUAUUGAAAAUAAAUUAUGAUGUAGAAAAAAAGAAUGAUAGAUCAAAUACUAUAAUUUUAUAAUAAUAAUAAUAAUAAUAAUAUCAAAAUAAUUUAUCUACUUAAUUUGAUGAUGCUUAAUAAGAUAAAUCAUUACCAUUAAAUAAUUAAUAAUAAUUUAUUCCUACAACUCAAGUUCGUAAAACAAAGUGGAUUGAAGUUCUUAUUUAUUUUCCUACUUAAUUUGAAGCACUUAGAUUAUUAGCAGGAAUUACUCUAUCAUCAUUUAUUAAAUCUAUAUCUUCUACUAAUAUAUGGAGUGCAUCUGGAGGUAAAUCUCAAUCUAAAUUCUAUAAAUCAAAUGAUGAAUUAUUUGUAUUCAAAAAAUUAGAAUAAGACAAAGAAUUUAUGAUGUUUAAACAAUUUGCUUUAGAUUAUUUUAAACAUAUGUACAGACAUUUUUAUGAAUCUAAACCUUCUCUAUUAAGUAAAAUCUUUGGAAUGUUUGAAAUUAGAGAUAGAGGAUAAACAGAAUACUUUUUAGUUAUGGAAAAUUUAUAUUUUGGAAUGGGAGAUCCAUCUAAUCUUUUAGUAUAUGAUCUCAAAGGAAGUGAAACAAAUAGAUUAGAAAAGAAAAAGAAAGGAGUUCUUUUAGAUACUAAUUUCAGAAUUGAUAGAAAUUCAGAACCUAUUCCUAUUCUCAAAGAGAAUUAUAGAUAUAAUGAUAGAGCAUUUUAAGUAUUUAUUUCAAUUUUAUUUAUAGAUUGAUUGUAAAUUUCUCAAUAAAUAAAAUGUUAUUGAUUAUUCAUUAUUAUUAAUAAUAGACUAAAAGUAAAAGAAAUUAAGAAUGGGUAUCAUAGAUUAUUUAAGAUUUUAUACAUGGGAUAAGGAAACUGAACAUUAUUUAAAAUAUUUAUUAAAAGGAGGAAUGGUAUGAUAUUAAUUUUAUUCCUAAUAUAUAGGUACCAACAAUUGUUAAUCCAGGAGAUUAUAAAAAAAGGUUCAUUAAUGCAAUAUAAAAAUAUUUUAUACCAGUGUGA